UUUUUGCUCACUUCGAAGCCCGCAGACAGGAAGGGUCCGGACGGCCCAGAAAAGCUUCGCGUUUGUGCUUCUCCCUUCAGCUCCGGCGGGCGGGGCUGGGACGGAGAACCGCGCCUUUCGCGGGUCGCUGCAGGGAAAGGGGCUUUUCUGCCGCGUUCAGGCCAGCUCCCCGGGAGGGCUGCGGCACCGGAGGCGGAGGAAGCCGAGGAAAGCGCUUCAUUCAGAGGCCACUGCCGGAGCGGCGCGCGCGAAAAGUCUGGCGGUGGCUGAAGGAGGCGGCGGCCGGUGCCCAGCAUGAACAUGGCAAGCACUAUUCAAGAGACUCCUGCAAAUGAAACAUCUUGUUCAAAUUUUGAUGGUGAAGAAUUGUCUUUUUUACCUGGAAAAUUAAAAGAGAAGCUACUUCCUUUUCAGAAGAAAGGAAUUAUAUUUGCAAUAGAGAAAAGUGGCAGGUGUAUGAUUGCAGAUGAGAUGGGCCUAGGCAAAACUAUCCAGGCCAUAGCAGUAUCUUACCAUUACAAAAAUGAAUGGCCUCUGUUAAUAGUGGUGCCCUCAUCUCUGAGGUACCCUUGGGCUGAUGAAAUAGAAAAAUGGAUUCCGGACCUCAGUCCAGAGGAUAUAGUCAUCAUUCAAAAUAAAACUGACACUUGGAGAAUUUCUACAAGCAAAGUCAUCAUAUUAGGUUAUGGACUGUUAACUUCAGAUGCACAGAAUUUAGUAGAUACUAUAUACAAACAGAACUUCAGAGUAGUGGUAGUUGAUGAGUCUCACUACAUGAAAUCCAGAAAUGCUACUCGUAGCAAGAUUUUGCUACCACUUGUGCAGAAUGCUGUUCGGGCCAUUCUCCUUACUGGAACUCCUGCUUUAGGAAGACCUGAAGAGCUCUUCAUGCAGCUUGAAGCACUUUGCCCAAGAAAAUUUGGAACAUGGACUGAAUAUGCAAAAAAGUACUGUGAUGCACAUGUCAGGUUCUUUGGUAGAAGACAGCGAUGGGACUGCAGAGGAGCAUCAAAUUUAAAUGAACUGCAUCAUUUAUUAAGCAAAGUAAUGAUUAGGCGACUAAAGAAGGAAGUUUUAACUCAGUUACCACCUAAGAUUAGGCAGCGCAUCCCUUUUGAUCUUCCCCAAACUGCUGCUAAGGAAUUAAAUGUUAGUUUUGAAGAGUGGGAGAAAUUAAUGAGGACUUCAGAUUUAAUUUCUACAGAAACUGACUUUGUCCAGAUGAUGGGCCUCAUUACACACAUGUUUAAACAGACUGCUAUUGCCAAGGCAGGAGCAGUAAAGGAUUAUAUCAAAAUGCUUCUUGAAAAUGACACACUCAAAUUUCUAGUCUUUGCACAUCACUUAAGCAUGCUCCAGGCAUGUACAGAGGCUGUCAUAGAAAGCAAGGCAUGCUACAUUCGAAUUGAUGGAAGUGUACCUUCAGCAGAAAGAAUAAACCUUGUCAAUCGGUUCCAGAAGGAUCCAGAUACUAGAGUGGCCAUUCUGAGCAUUCAGGCAGCUGGUCAGGGCUUAACUUUUACUGCCGCCACUCAUGUUGUUUUUGCUGAACUGUACUGGGAUCCUGGACAUAUAAAACAAGCAGAAGACAGAGCACAUCGGAUUGGGCAGUGCAGUUCUGUGAAUAUCCAUUAUCUUGUUGCAAAUGGCACAUUGGACCCUCUCAUGUGGGCGAUGUUGAACCGCAAGGCAGCAGUUACAGGCACCACACUAAAUGGCAAGAAAGAAAAACUGCUGGCUGAAGAAGGCAGUAGAGAGAAAUGGAAUUUUCUGAGCUUUGCUGAAGCCUGGGCUCCUAAUGAAAGCCUGAGUGAUGUGAAAAAUGAGGUUUUAUUCACCCAUUUUGAGAAAGAAAAACAACAUGAUAUUCGUGCUUUCUUGUCACCAAAGCCAAAUGCUGACAAAAAGAGGAAAAUGGCUUCCUGGGAUAAGUCUUCACAUUUUAGUCCAAAUUUUUCCCAAGCUGCAGAGGACAUAGAUGAUGGUGACUACAUGGACUCCAGGGAAGGAAACAACGUGGAUGUGUUUUGCAGUGAGGCAAAGAGAUCACGAACUUUAGAGUCCUCUACCCCAAAGAGUACUUCUAAGAAAGGAAGAAAAUCUCUGUUUGGAAAAACAAACUCUUCAUAUCCAGAAGAAACUACUGCAGAGAACAGUGGUAUUCCACUUUUUAAUUCAAGCAAAGGAUCUGCUUCUGAAGCAGCCUGGCACUGCAGUCUUUGUACUUACUGUAAUAAUUCCUUGCUGCCUUACUGUGAAAUAUGCGAAUCUCCCCGGGAACAGGAAAGUAAACAGAAUAAAAGUCUAGUGAACAGCUCUGUACAAAGCAAAAAUGAAACUGUAGCUCGAGGCACUAGAAAACUUAAUGGUGCCAAACAUUCUGAUACAUUUGGCCAGAGAAGAAGCUUAGGACUACUGACUGGUGAAAUCAAGGAAGGAGCCAUCAUUGCUGAAGGUAAGCACUCCGAUCAUUCUGAGCAAGGGUUCAGAGAAGAUAAUCUAGAAGAUUCACAUUCCUAUCCAGUGUAUAAUGACUUCCUGUUCCUUGCAAGUAGGAAUACUGAUAGAAUUCACAUCUACACAAAGGAUGGAGAGCCCUUGAAUUGUAACUUCAUUCCACUGGAUAUAAAAUUAGAUAACUGGGAAGAUUUGCCAGAGUAUUUUCAACAAAAACAGAAUCGUUCAUUGAUACUGAGGUUUGUGAGAGAGUGGAGUAGUCUCACAGCCAUGAAGCAAAGAAUUCUUCGGAAAAGUGGUCAGAUAUUUUCUAGACCAAUUCUUGCUACUGAAGAUACACUGUCUCAACAACAGGCUAAACUUGGGUGUACCAAACGGUACAUGACAAAGGAGGAUGUCACCAAAGCUUCAAUAAAGAAAGUGGACUGUAGUGGGGGCAGUGUUCGUUUAGUUACCAAACAAUCUGCAGUUUCCUUAAAAACCCAUACUGACUCUGCUCAUGAAAAGGAUCAACAUUCUGCAAAUUUAUCUUCAGUAGAUGGAAGCUGCCCGAUCUCCAGUUCAGAUGUGAGUGAAACUGAUGCUUUUGAGGAGACCUCUGCAGGGAAAGGCUACUUGCAGGCUGUAGACAUUGAAGGGAAUCCACUUUGCCUCAGUUGCCAAAAACCAGCUACUGUGUUUGAUCAAACAUCUGUUUGGGACACACGAUUUUGUUCUCAUAAAUGCCAAGAUGACUUCUUAAUUCGCUCAAGUCAAAGUUACAUGAGAACACAAGUAUUUGAAAUAGAACACGGUGUUUGCCAAAUGUGUAGUCUGAAUGCUCAGGAAAUGUACCUCACUGUCAGAGAUGCACCGAAGAAUCAACGUAAAAGUCUUCUGGAGAGCUCUUGGCUGUCCAAGCUUCCUCUCACACAGUUGAAUGAAAUUAUCUUGAACCCAACUGAAGGUCACUUCUGGCAGGUGGAUCAUAUCAAGCCAGUUUAUAGUGGGGGAGGACAGUGUUCUCUAGAAAACCUUCAGACGCUAUGUACAGUUUGUCACAAAGAGAGAACAGCAAAACAAGCAAAGGAAAGAAGUCAACUGAAGAGACACAGUCUAGCUUCAAAAUAUGGGUCUGACAUCACUAGAUUCUUUGUGAAACUAUAAAGUCAGUCACUGUAUAUUAAGGGUUGUAUACACCACAAACAUUUUAAUAUAAAUCAUAUACCCUAACAUGCUAUUGAAUUUCCGAAAUAAGGAUCACUGUUCUGUACUGAUGUUUUUGUGCAUCAGUUUCACAUUUAGAUGCAGAUUAACAGUUAAUAUAAAGUGGUUUGGGUUCUUAAUUUUGUAGUUUCUUGGGUUUGUUUAUUCUUUAAAAUUUGUAAAUACAUUAAAACCAACAUGUUAGGCUAUAGCCUAAUA